CGUUACUGGGAGCCGUAAACAAGGUGUGCAAGCAUCUGGAGAGCUGUCGGGAUGCAGCAGAGCGGAGCGGCUAGAGCCCGUAGCUGCGUUCUCUUCUCUUUACUGGGAGUCCUGUUCCACGAUGCCCAUGUCCGAGGUUAUGUUGGAGAAAAGAUCAAGUUGAGAUGCACCUUCAAGUCUAGUUCAGAAGUCACUGACAAGCUCACCAUAGACUGGACAUAUCGCCCUCCCAGCAGCAGUCGCACAGAAUCAAUUUUUCAUUAUCAGUCUUUCCAGUACCCAACCACAGCAGGCAUAUUUCGGGAUCGGAUUUCCUGGGUUGGAAAUGUAUACAAAGGAGAUGCAUCCAUAAGCAUAAGCAACCCUACCAUAAAGGACAAUGGGACAUUCAGCUGUGCUGUGAAGAAUCCCCCAGAUGUGCACCAUAAUAUUCCUGUGACAGAGCUAACAGUCACAGAAAGGGGUUUUGGCAUCAUGUUGUCCUCGGUGUCCCUCCUUUCCAUCCUUGUCUUCCUGCCCUCAGCAGUGGUAGUUGUCCUGCUGCUGGUGAGAAUGGGGAGGAAGGCUGCUAGGCUGAAGAAGCGGAGCAAGUCUGGCUAUAAGAAGUCAUCUAUUGAGGUUUCGGAUGACACUGACCAGGAGGAGGAAGAUCCGUGCAUGACAAGACUUUGUGUCCGUUGUGCUGACUGCCUGGAUUCAGACUACGAAGAGGCAUAUUGAUGAAAGUCUGCGUGAUAUUAGAAGAGUCAUCUAAUAAUGGAAAACAUCCCAUUCCACCAGUAGGAAAAGCCUCUCAGAGAAAUGGAACUGCCGGACAGCAGUGACCGAGGACCCUGGAGGCAUCAGUAAAGACUUCAGGAACCCUUUAUUUAUUGAAGAAAUAUUAUCGUUGUAUUUAUAAACUGUUCAAAAACUCUCCGAAGAGACUCAUAACUUCCCAUUUUAAUAAGUUAUGCUCUAAAUGAAUGAAGAAAUUCUUUUCCUGGGCAAAAAGAUACAUUGUGGUUUGCCUUUGCUCUUGAAUGGAUUACAUGUUUUCUUCCAGUUAUUUGAAGGAUAAUCCUAAAUGUGUGCCACGCUGCUGAAGUCAAAAUAAUUUCUUUAAUGAAGUGGAGCUUGUACUUUGCUGAUGUACUACCAGACAAAAUGUUUGUUUGGGAUAGGUAUUCUUUGUUUUUUGCUUCAUGUACAUUUUUUAGUUGUGAGUUAAUAUAAAGCAUAUACUCAUUGGUUGGUGACCUCAUCAUUACUGGUGUUUGUAUGACUUGGAGUGUGCACAUAACCUUACUUUCUUUAGAGUUGGUAGGAUCAAGAGUCAUUGCUUUGACUGGGUGCUUAAAGUAUUAAAUAAAGUGCCAUCAAUUUAUAAUUAAGGAAAGGAAUGGGGAGAUAGAAGCAUUUUUUUCUUUUGUUUUGCUAGGUGCAAUUUGGGCCAAAGAGUCUUUGUUAUUUACUGACUAAUUUAGUUAUAGCUGACUAAUUUGUGGUUUCCCUCUUGGCUUUUUAGAUUAGAGGCAAGAAAAGCUCUUCAAAAGGUUUUUAAUGGGGCUUAUAGAAUAUUUUAGAAGUUCUUUGCAAUCAAAUAAUCUUGUCACCUGUAUUUUUUUCAAAACUUUUUUGAUUUCUAAAAUGCACCAGUUAUGAGUAAACUAUGGUGUUUGCAAGUUGAUUUUGCAUAAUAUUCUAGAUGAGGAGAUGAGGUUGUACAUAACCUUUGCUUUUCCCUUCUGCUUUCUCAAUACUGUGUAACAGUUUCCUCUAUUCUGCUACAGUGACCUAUUUCACAUUUUAAUUUAUUUUAUUUUAUUUUUGAG